GUGUCGCACGCAGGAAAGCUCAGUCAGAUGGAGACUCCGGAAAGUCCGCGUGCAAACCCAGCCGGCGUCUGUCAGCAUGAACACCGUUCAUAUUGAGGAUAUUUCCACAUUUAUUUCACUUAUUGUAUUAAACAGACAGCCUUCAGGUGGUUCUCAUCGCCUUCAUUGGUGCUCACCAUGGCUCGUGAUCGGCGACACAAGAGGCGCGUGGAUUGAACCGACUCAACUCCAGUGAGGCCCUCCUGAAGACUGCAGAGCCAGAAAGAAAUGAAGACAAAUGAUGAGCUGCAGAUUGAAACCUUUGAAGAAUGGACACAUCAGGACAUGAAACCUCCUGUAGGUGAAACCUGAGCUCUUUGAGGGAAUAAAUCUCCUCUUUUACAUGCCUACUCCGCUUCUAUGUCAGUAUGUCACUAUCGGACUGCAAAUAUGGGAGCAACACCCACACGGACUACACUCACAGCCUCCACAGCUUGCCCAUGGCUGAGAACUAUGGGAAAAGGCCCGUCAGGACAUCGUUUGACGUGAAUACAAAUCUGGAUAUCAAGUGGUCGCUGAGAAACCUGAGGAGCAUCUCGAAAGUGAAAGUGGUUAGCUUCCUGAUGGGCUUGACUCUGACCUUCCUCAUCACGGCUUCCUACAUCCUAACGUGGGACAGGAAGGGACUUUUGCUCACCCCCUCACCCUAUCAGCUCAGACCUGUGGUCGUCCUGACAAGCACAGCAGCAGCCGAAGCUCCCUCUGGAAAUGAUUUAAUAGCCAUGAAACUGCUGGUGAAGAAUAUCAGCUCUAAACUGGAAUACACACCCAGGAAGGUGCCUGAUGAAAAGGAUGUCAUUGGAACGGACUCCAAUCUGUUCUCUGUAAUUCCUCGCCACUUCCUGCCGGGCAUUAAGAGCCCUUGCUGGUAUGAGGAGUUCUCCAGUGAACGCAGCACUGAUCUGUACCGGAGGAACCUCUUCACUCGGCGCUCAAAGACCUUCAAGACUGUGUGUGACCACCUGAGGACUAACUUCCAGCAGCACUUAUUUCACAGCGGAAGCAAAGUGUUUCGCCUACGCUGCUUACCGUACUUCUACAUCAUCGGACAGCCGAAGUGCGGCACGACGGACUUGUUCCACAGGCUACUGCUGCACCCAGAGGUCAAGUUCAACACCAUGAAGGAGCCGCACUGGUGGACCAGGAAACGCUUCGGUUAUAUUCGUUUCAAAGAUGGCUUCCAGGAAAGUUUUCCUGUGGAAGAUUACCUGGAUCUGUUUGACUUGGCUGCCCAAAACAUCCAAGAAGGAAUCAGUGGAAAUUCAUCUGGAGACCACCGCACACUAAUAACAGGUGAAGCCAGUGCUUCCACGAUGUGGGACAACCAGGCCUGGAGCUACCUUCCCUCAGACAGGGAGGGGACCGAGCCCCCCUUCCUGGCCCAGGACUUCAUCCACACAAUCCAGCCUGGCGCCAAGAUCCUCAUCAUGCUUAGAGAUCCAGUAGAAAGACUUUAUUCGGACUACCUGUACUUCAAGAUGGCCAACAAGUCAGCAGAGGACUUCCAUCAGAAGGUCGUGGACUCUGUACAUCUGUUUCAGUCCUGCCUGUCUGAGAGGUCACUUCGUUCCUGCGUCUACCACACCAGCCUCUCCUACUCUAUGCCGGUGAGGCUACAUUUAGGGUUGUACAUCAUCUUCUUGCUGGACUGGCUGACAGUUUUCAACAGAGAGCAGAUUCUAGUUCUUCGACUCGAGGACUACGCAGCCAACCUUGAAGUGACAAUCAAGAAAGUCUUUGAUUUCUUGAGUGUAGGCCCUAUGUCGCAGCAGGGGGAGGCAGCGCUCACCAGACGGCCCCUCUCUAACACCCGGAGGACAGCAGACAGGAACCUGGGUCCUAUGCUUCCAGCCACCAGAGACUUUCUCAGGGAAUUUCACAAACCCUUCAAUCAUAAACUGGCCAGUGUGUUGGACAAUAAAGCCUUCCUCUGGAGUAACACCUGAAGGAGCAUGGACCAUUAGUUGAUGGUUGUGAAUUAGCAAACAGAAAAGAGGUAAAGCAGGACUUUAUAAGGUAAUGUACAGCUGGAGAACUCAAACACAGUGCAUAGUUGUAUAUCGAGUUAAAUGAAGGUCUGAUUUAGUGUAUGGGUUUUAGUUGUGAUAUUUAUUUGAUCUUGAAAGAAUGUGAGUGACAAGAAGAUGAUAAUAAAAUAAGAUUCAUUUGUGUUUUAAUUUGA